ACUUGUGGCAUUGCCAUAACCUAAAUGUAAAUAAGCUACGUAUUUAGCUACUUUGUGCGGCACCAUCACCGUCACCAGCAGCAUCAAUAUCAUCAAAAAGCAAAAACAAAACACAACAAUUUUCAAUACUUUUAAGCACUGCAACGGAAAAGCAUGACAGUAAACGUGCACGUGUGUUAGUUAGAUUGUGUGCGCGUGUGAUUAUGUGCAAAUGCGGUGCACGUGAAAUAAAGAGUGUAGCAGGGCAGUGAACGAGCAUUCAAAAUGCUUAACGGAUUAAAAGUUCUUAUGUUUUUAUGGAUGGCGCACGUGGCGAGCAACUGGAUGCAUUUCACCGGCGUUCAAGCACAGCCGUCAUCAUUAACCGAGAAAAUUCCAUUAGGCGCUAUAUUCGAGCAGGGCACCGAUGAAGUGCAAUCAGCGUUUAAAUACGCAAUGCUCAAUCACAACCUCAAUGUAUCGUCACGCCGCUUCGAGCUGCAAGCGUACGUGGAUGUGAUCAACACAGCAGAUGCAUUUAAACUGUCACGCUUAAUAUGCAAUCAAUUUUCGCGUGGCGUUUAUUCCAUGUUGGGUGCUGUAUCGCCGGAUUCAUUUGAUACAUUACACUCGUACAGCAAUACAUUUCAAAUGCCAUUCGUGACACCAUGGUUUCCAGAGAAAGUGCUGACACCCUCUUCCGGCUUCCUCGACUAUGCCAUAAGUAUGCGUCCGGAUUAUCAUCAGGCGAUUAUCGAUACAAUACAAUUUUAUGGUUGGCGUAAAAUAAUUUAUCUCUACGAUUCGCAUGAUGGACUCUUACGGCUGCAGCAAAUUUACCAAGGGCUCAAGCCAGGCAACGAGUCAUUUCAAGUGGAAAUGGUAAAGCGCAUUGCAAAUAUCACAAUGGCCAUCGACUUCCUGCAUACGCUCGAGGACUUGCGACGUUUCACUAACAAAUAUAUCGUGCUAGAUUGCCCAACGGAAAUGGCCAAGCAGAUACUCAUUCAACAUGUGCGCGAUAUAUCGCUGGGACGGAGAACGUAUCACUAUUUGCUAAGCGGUUUGGUAAUGGAUGAUCGUUGGGAAAGUGAAAUCAUCGAAUUUGGUGCUAUCAAUAUAACCGGAUUCCGUAUUGUUGACACUAAUCGGCGUUUUGUACGUGAUUUCCUUGACAGUUGGAAGCGCUUGGAUCCAGCAACAUCGAUUGGUGCGGGCAGGGAAUCAAUUUCGGCACAGGCCGCCCUCAUGUACGAUGCCGUUUUUGUUCUGGUCGAAGCCUUCAACAAAAUAUUGCGAAAGAAACCUGAUCAAUUCCGCAACAACAUACAACGACGAGGUCAACAAACACUUAUGGCAGCAGCCUCCACGUCCAUUAACGGUACAAUGGGCAUGGCUGGUGGCGGGAAUGCUGGUGGCAUUGGUAGCAGUAUUGGUGGUGGCGGCAGCGGAGGUGGUAGCACUGGCGGUGGUAGUGGAGGUAAUGGCGGCAACACGCCACGAGCACUCGACUGCAACACAUCGAAGGGUUGGGUAAACCCAUGGGAGCAUGGUGAUAAAAUUUCGCGCUAUUUGAGAAAGGUGGAAAUCGAAGGUCUCACGGGUGACAUUAAAUUCAACGAUGAUGGCCGUCGUAUAAACUACACAUUGCACGUUGUCGAAAUGACUGUCAACAGCGCCAUGGUGAAAGUGGCUGAAUGGAGUGACGAUGCUGGCCUCCAACCUUUAUCUGCCAAGUACGUGCGCCUGCGACCUCAUGCCGAAAUCGAGAAAAAUCGUACAUACGUCGUUACCACAUUACUCGAAGAGCCGUAUAUCAUGUUGAAACGUCCCAAUAUUGGUGAGCAAUUGGAUGGAAAUGAUCGCUUUGAGGGUUACUGCAAAGAUUUAGCCGAUUUACUGGCGAAGAAGUUGGGCAUCAUUUAUGAAUUACGCUUGGUCAAAGAUGGUACAUACGGUUCAGAGAAUCCAGCAGUGCGCGGUGGCUGGGAUGGUAUGGUCGGUGAACUGGUGCGCAGGGAAGCGGAUAUUGCAAUCGCUGCUAUGACUAUUACCGCCGAACGGGAGCGUGUCAUCGAUUUCAGCAAGCCAUUCAUGUCGCUGGGCAUUUCGAUAAUGAUUAAGAAGCCAGUGAAGCAAACACCGGGCGUAUUCAGUUUCAUGGAUCCUUUAUCGCAGGAAAUUUGGAUGAGCGUCAUCUUCAGUUACAUCGGUGUUAGUAUCGUGCUCUUCUUUGUGUCCCGUUUCUCACCGUAUGAAUGGCGCAUCGUGCAAUAUCAGACAGAUUCACAUGCACAUCACGAUCAAAUGGCCAAUCAACAACCGCCUGGCAUUAUUGGUGGUGUACCUGUGCCUGGCCCGAUGGCCGGUGGGACCAGCGCUACUGCCAGUCCGGCGAAUAUUGGCAUAGGCGGUGGUGGCGGUGUCGCCGGAAGUGUUGGCCUCGGCUCAUCCGCCACCGCAGCGGCCAACGAGUUUAGCAUUUUGAAUUCAUUUUGGUUUGCCUUGGCCGCUUUCAUGCAACAGGGCUGCGACAUAUCACCGCGUUCCAUCUCCGGUCGCAUAGUUGGUGCCGCUUGGUGGUUUUUCACGCUCAUACUAAUUUCAUCAUAUACAGCCAAUUUGGCAGCAUUUCUCACAGUCGAACGGAUGGUGACACCAAUCAAUUCACCCGAAGACUUAGCUAUGCAAACGGAAGUUCAGUAUGGUAUGCUGUUGCAUGGCUCCACAUGGGACUUUUUCCGGAGAUCCCAAAUCGGCUUACAUAACAAAAUGUGGGAGUACAUGAAUUCGCGCAAGCAUGUCUUUGUGAGCACAUACGAUGAAGGCAUACGACGCGUGCGAACAUCGAAAGGCAAAUAUGCGCUACUGAUGGAAUCACCAAAGAAUGAAUACGUGAAUGCUAGGGAACCCUGCGAUACGAUGAAAGUCGGCCGUAAUCUGGAUACGAAAGGAUUUGGCAUCGCAACUCCCAUCGGAUCGCCAUUGAGAGAUCCGAUUAAUUUGGCUGUAUUAUCGCUGAAAGAAAAUGGUGAAUUGAUAAAGCUACGCAAUAAAUGGUGGUAUGACAAAACGGAAUGCAACCUCAACAAGGACAAUCAAGAGACAUCGCGCAGUGAAUUGUCGUUGAGUAAUGUAGCUGGCAUAUUUUAUAUAUUGAUUGGUGGCCUCUUAGUGGCCGUUUUUGUGGCUAUCAUUGAGUUUUGCUUUCGUAGCAAAACGUCAGCGCAAAAGGCGAAUGGCUCCAUGUUAAGUUCAGCGUCCGGUGGUGGUUCACAUCAAAGAAAUUCUCUAACAGAUGCCAUGCAUUCCAAAGCGAAAUUGACUAUUCAAGCGAGCAGAGAAUACGAUAAUGGACGCGUUGGGUACCUCAAUUGUGCCUCUUUGCAGUAUUAUCCAGCUGGACAAUUGAGUGCCGCAGCCGAGGCUGAAACAAUGCACAUGAAUGCGCACAGUCAGGUUUGACAUGAGCAUGCGCAGGAAUCGCGCCUUUGACGUACACCCUGCGCACCAACAAUACGCCGCAUAAUGGCCAAUAGCCGGCAGGAGACGGAAAAGAUAUUGAGCAAUCAUGAUCAAAAUGCCACAACAAUGCCGGGCAGCCAGAAUAGUACGCUAAUGCGAAAUCCCGAUGUAAAUCAUCCCUAUGCCAAAUAAACAUAUACAUAUACACAAAUAUAUGUA